AACACCCAUCGUCAUACUCCAAAAUUAUCUAGCAUCAAUAGAGAUUCAGCAUAUACAAUAUCAUCAACGUCAAUCCAUCUCCACAUAUACCAAUACCCAUAACCAUACCACUACCUCAUCACCCAAACACUCACACCCACAAAAACAACCAUGCCCACCACCCGUCGCAGCAGCGGCCCCGCCCAAAAAGGCACUCAAAAAACCCUCUCCUUCACCAACACCUCCAAGAUCUCCAAAGCGGCCAGCACCCCCAGCACACUCAAAACCCAAUCAUCCCUCAUCAAACUCCCAAGCCCUAAAGACCUCACCAAACCCUCCCCCGCAUCUCCAGAACUCAAACCCACCGCCCUCGCAACCACAUCUCCCAAAUCAUCCUCCCAGCCCCAAUCCAAACCCAAACCCCAAACCGCCCAUCAAACCCUCCAAACCUCCCUCGCAUCGCAAAUCACCGAUGCCAAAAUCCGCAAAUACUGGAAAGCGCGCGAGGAUCUGCGUUUAGCGCCUCGAGUACACCAACAGGAUUUAGAAAUCAGCGAGAAGAUAUUGAGGGAAUGGGAUUGUAUGAGCCAAUUUGGUCCCGCAAUCGGCAUCCCCCGCACCAAACGCUGGCACCGCGCCUCAAAACUCGGUUUAAAUCCACCCCUCGAAGUCCUCGCCGUUCUCCUCAAAGAAGAAGAAAAGAAAAACAAGACCGUAGAAAGAGCGUAUGUGGAUGAAUUGAUGGGGGCGAAAGGAAUUAUUGGAGGAGAUGUGGUAUAAUUAAAAUUAUGAGAUCUGGGCACGCUUUGGGAGAGACAGAGAUGAGAAUCGAGGAAGUGGAGAGACAGGGACGAAUCGGAUCAUUGAGCAAGGGAGAGAGGGAAAGGGAGAAAGAGGCGAAACUUCCAAUCUGGGAGGUGUGAAAGAAGAACUUACGAGGACAAGAGUGUACGAUAUGGGAGGAUCUUUAGAAACAGGACAUACA